AACUAGAGUACCUGGAAGCUUUGACCCCGUGCGCUCUUAAAAAAAAAACAGUGUCCGCUGCGACUCAUUCCGUUGGACUGGACUACAUACCUUCCUACCGCGCAUCACCGAAGACUCACCGCUGGAAAUAUGCAACUGUGAAGAAGAACGGAGCGCGCAGUUCGGAGGCUGGAUGUCAUCCUCUGUUUCGCUCAAGUUGCGCUGCCCCUAAUUGUGCGUCUGAUCGCAUUUGAGGCGAUAAGUGUCCCCGAAAAGCCCUUUUCAAUGUCGCCUCAUCUAUGCGCUCAGCCGAACCUAACUUCAAGGUCCUUUCGGUGGAUUUUGCGGAGACUAAUACCGACCCGUGGAGGACCACAACACUUACAGAAUAAGGACUCAUCUAAAGUGCAGGGAGAAUGAGGAGUCACCGGGGCCGGGGGAAACAGCAUGACUGGCCCGUGCAUCUCCGUUAGACUGGCGACCUUCAUGUUUCUAUGGAAGUGGUUAACACUAAGCCUGCUCCAGAUCUGGGUGUCAGGGGCCGGGGCGGCGGACUCUGGAGGGUCUGGCUUCAGCGGCUCCACCGGGCCCCUGGGCUGGCUCCUGUCAGACAAGGGUCCUUUUCACCACUCGCAGGAGUUUGUUGAUUUUACAGAGCGCUACCAGCAAGGAUUCAGCACCAAGUACAAGAUAUACAGGGAGUUUGGCCGUUGGAAGGUGAACAGCCUGGCCCUGGAGAGACAAGAGAACAAUGGCUAUUCCUUGCCACUGGACCCCGAGUUCCUCCAAACCAUUAGGCAGCUGGGCAGGAGGCCCAGUCUGGUGGCCAUCACAGACAAUAUUAUCAGGAAAUACGGAACCCACUUCCUGCUCUCUGCUACAUUGGGAGGAGAAGAGUCAUUAAUGAUCUUUGUAGACAAGCGGAAGUUGAGUCGGACGUCGGAAGUGAGUGAAUCCAAUGGCACAGCUGUGACUCUGGAGGCUCUGCACCAGCUGGCUGCGUCCUACUUCAUUGACAGGGAAAGCACCCUGCACAAGCUGCACCACAUCCAGAUCGCCUCAACCGCUAUCAAGGUGACCGAAACAAGGACGGGCCCUCUCGGAUGCAGUAACUAUGACAACCUCGACUCUGUCAGCUCCGUUUUGGUUCAGAGCCCUGAAAACAAGAUUCAUUUGCAAGGCCUCCAGGCCAUACUGCCAGAGUAUCUGAGGGCCAGGUUCGUGCAGGCAGCUCUUAGCUACAUCGGCUGUAAUGAAGAGGGCCAGUUCGUGUGCCGAGACAAUGACUGCUGGUGCCACUGUGCCGCCGACUACCCACAGUGUAAUUGCCCCGAGGUGCAUCUAAGGGCUAUGGAAGCCAGUUUAUUGCAAAUCCGAGAAUCUUGGAACGUGGCCAACCAAGACUUUGAGGAGUCAGACGAGUUUCAAAACUUCGUUCGGAAGCUGCCCACGUCGUACGCCUUGAACACGUCGGCCAUCCAGUACUUCUGGAAGAUGGAGCCGGCGGUCCACCAGCGCUACAAACAGCUGGAACUGAACGCCCAGCAGCUCCUGAGUAAAGCCCAGCGUAUUGUCAACAAGCUCUUCACCCUCAGCAAGAGGUGUCGCAGUCAGCCCAAAAUUAUCAUGCUGAGAGAGAGGCCCCAAAGCUACUGGCUGAACUACAUCCUCUCCAUAAUGUACUGCAGUGAAAACAGCCACAUCGGUUCAUACCUGGAGGAGACGAGGAGCUGCUCCUGCCCCUACGAGCAUCCCCCCUGCCAAGGUGUCAUCCCCUGCACAGUGGGCGAGGGCACGUCCUGCGCCUCCUGCUCCUACGAAAACCGUUCCCGCUGCGCUACCUGCAACCAGGGUUACAUGCUGAGCCAAGGCGUGUGCCGCAACGAAGUUCCCGACUCCACCGACCACUACAUCGGCUUCGAGACAGACCUUCAGGACCUAGAGCUGCGCUACCUUUUGCAGAAACGUGACAACCGCAUCAGCAUUCACGGGAUCUUUGUCAGCAACGACGUCAGGCUGAAUAACUGGUUCGACCCGUCAUGGAGGAAGAGGAUGUUGCUGACGUUGAAAAGUAAUAAAUACAAGUCAAACCAUGUCCACAUGCUCCUGGGGAUGUCACUACAGAUCUGCCUUACCAAGAAUACCACCCUGGACCCCAUGUUGUCGGUCUAUAUCAAUCCAUUUGGGGGAAGUCACUCUGAGAGCUGGAUCAUGCCCAUUGACCAGAACAGCUACCCCGACUGGGAGAGGACUAAAUUAGACCUUCCCUAUGACUGUUACAACUGGACUUUGACUUUGGGCAACAAGUGGAAAACAUUUUUUGAGACGGUCCACUUUUACCUUCGGAGCCGGAUCAAGGGGCCAUCGAGUAACGGAAAUGGAACGGUAUAUUACGAACCUUUGGAGUACCUGGAGCCGGGGAGAAAUCUAGGCUACAUGAAGAUCAACAGUAUCCAGGUGUACGGCUAUAGUAUGCACUUUGACCCAGAAGCGAUCCAGGACUUGAUUUUACAGCUGGACUACCCAUAUACUCAGGGAUCGCAGGACUCGGCCCUGCUGCAGCUGCUGGAGAUCCGGGAUCGGGUCAACAGACUGUCCCCUCCAGGAGCUCAGCCUCUGGACCUGUUCUCAUGUCUGCUCCGGCACCGGCUCAAACUGUCCACCACGGACGUUGCCAGGAUCCAGGCAGCGCUGCAGACUUUCAGUGCCAAACAGCCCAACUCGAUGGAAUAUGAAACAACCAAAUUAUGUAGCUAAUAAGUGGGCGGGUGGCCAGGUGCACAGAUGGCAGAGCAGUUAUCACACAGGCCUGAUGAUGGUUAAGAGCAAUUCUGGAGCAGUGCGAGGGACAUUUAGGGGACAUUUUCAUUGUCGUCAUGGACCUCAAGAGUGCAUUUGAGAUUCUCACGUCAACUUUCGUAUAAAUUUGUACAACAUUGUAAAAUUAUGAAGGAUUUCACCAAACUUGCCUCAUAGUUUUUUUUUCUGCUCCUCAAGUAAAUAAAUACCUUUGACAGUUAAUAAUACAAACUUAAACUUUGCCAUCACUUAUAUGUUGCCGAUGUGCUGACAUAUGUAGAUUGCACAAAUUUCAAUCCCAUACGUAAACAAAGGCUUUCGCUGAAAUAUAAUCCAAGCAAUGUAAUCAUUUCACAAGCCUAAGCAUCAAUACCAGCAUGUUUAUUUAAUUCUGUUUUUGUUUUUUUUUCUUUCUCCUUUUGUAUCGUCUCAUUACAUUUAUUUCCUGGUUGCAAAAUAGCGUCAUGACCCUCCCUUUAAUCUGGGGCGUGAUGCUCACAUCGCAGUUUUCAGCUUUGCAUUCAACAAUAAAAUCACUCCUUUUUUAAAAACUCUAUUAUACAUUUUUGUAAGAAAGGGAAAACAAACAAAAUAAUUAAAUGCUGUAUCACUGCAGAUUUGCUGAGAAAAACUUAUGCCAUGAUCACAAUAUAUGUUACAUGUGCUUUUAUUUUUAUAAUACUGUUGUUUGUGAAACAAAAGGUACAAAAACACUGUCUAUAAAAUGUAUAAUACAGUUUGUUAAUACACUAAAUAAAAUACAUUUUUAUGUGUGGUCUAUACAUAGUGUACAUUUUAUGGAAGUGAUGCAAUUAUGAUGUAACUAAUAAUAAAACUGACUCGAUUUCGAUUGGAUGUUUCAGUGAGAACUCAUGCAGAACCUUUGGAGAAUCUUAUUCUGGGAGACUAAAUUUGCACAUUUGCAGAUGUAGUCACAUUCAGUAACACUUUUAGGGUAAAUUCCAUACAUUUUUUUAAAUUUAAGGAAUAUAAGAAACACAUUAACAAUGCUGUUUUUUUUUUUUUUAUCCUGUAUCUUGUAUGAAAGAUGAUUACAGUGUGGGCACAAUGAACCAUCCAAUAAAAUCAACUUGAUACUCUUGAAAAGUCUUUAAAAAUACUAAAAUAGUAUUAGAUGUUUAUGCCCAGGAAGCAGGAAACUUUACAUUAUAUGCGUUUUCCAUUCAUCUGCCUCCAUAGUUUUCUACAGCACAAAAACAUUUACCUUUUUU